CAAACUGGGUUUUACUAAUUAUUUUCGAAACACAUCUCAUAGAUGACAUCAAUACAAACAGACAAAUUUAAACUUCGAUUUGGAUUGAUAUGUCAUCUGGCGCAUUAAAUGCCCUGGCUAUUGUCUUGCUGUUGGUGCCAGGUACAUUUUGUCAGUGCAUUGACUGUAACACUCACUGGAAGUAUCGCUGCAAGACUAACUAUACGGGGUUUUACUGCGCUCCAGGUGCUUACAUCCACCAAUGGAUGGUGCCAAAGGAAGAGUACCAGUCGGGCCUAAAGGGUUUUAACACCCCCUUUUCAUCAUGCACGCCGUUCCCAUUAGAAAUAAGUUACAUCGAGACGUUUUGCUGUCUGUACUCACCCUUGGAUGGCUGCCAGUUGGCCCUUAAUCCGGGUAUCUUCAAUAAGGAGAAGCUACCUGUCAGGAGAUGUGAGGACUGCAUUAAGCACUGCCAAUGCUCGAACAAGGCAACACCACCUCUCAAGCCUCGGAAGAUGGUACCUCUUCUUGGAAUAUUGGCUAUGCUAACCGAGUCGAUCUACUUGACUCAAAAAGUUCGGGCAAGAUGCGGUGCACAACUUAUUUGAGCAUUGACAGUAGUUGAAUGUGUGGAGAAUUCAUUGAAUUCCGUUUUAUCCUCAAAUGACACGAGGCUAACCAAGUUCAAAACGAAGGCAGUAGCUGGAGGGCUAUUCGUUCAGAUUGGUAAACUCGUAUUUAAUUGAAGAGACCCUGCCAGCUAAUAAAACUACAAAUGGCUGAAACGGAAAAUUUAUGUCCUUUGUCAAUAUCCUUCAGCUUUAAACUAUUUGACCACCAAAUGCUAGCUCUCGGGUUGUGAAAAAGCCUAUUAUUGAACCAUUAUUGUUUACUUAUCUACACCUAAUUGCU